AUGAUGUGCCAGCUACUUUUCAAGUCCCAAAGCAGAAAGAACAGGUCCCAGGAAAGGAAGGAUAUAAACAAUGAUGUGGAAAAGGCAACUGCAGAUCUUGCCAGCUCGGCAAAGCAGGAGAGUGCCUUGCCAUUAAACGGCCUAAGCAAGACGCAGGAUGAACUGAUGCACGCUGUCCCUGCAAAAGAAGUGAGUCUGAAUUUGCAUCAGAUUUCCCGAUGCCCAAGACAUCUACAGAUUAAAAACUGGGAACACAGAACAAGCCUUCAAGAUACGUUGCACAGUCAAGGAAAAGAGGUGCUCAGCUGCAGGACCAAAGUGUGCCGAGGGUCUCUCAUGAAGCCGGAAGGUUUGGUCCAAGCUCCCCGAGAUGGAGCCACCCCCAGAGAGGAGUUACUACCUCAAGCAAGAGAGUUCAUCAACCUGUACUACAGUUCCUUUAAAAAACCCAGAACAAUAGAGCAUCUGGCACGGCUGGGUGCAGUCCACAGGGAGAUAGAAACAACCGGAACCUACCACUUGACCAAGGAGGAGCUUGUCUUCGCGGCCAAGCAGGCCUGGAGAAACGCCCCACGAUGCAUCGGGAGAAUCCAGGGGUCCAAUUUACAGGUGUUCGAUGCCCGGAACUAUGCUACCGCCGAGGAGAUGUUUGAACACCUGUGUCAGCAUCUGAAGUAUCCGACCAAUGGAGGGGACCUCAGGUCUGCCAUCACUGUCUUUCCCCAGAGGACGGAUGGGAAACACGAUUUCCGUAUCUGGAACAGCCAACUCCUCCAAUACGCCGGCUAUCACAUGCCAGAUGGGUCUGUGGUAGGGGAUCCAGCCAAUGUCGAAUUCACACAGUUAUGCAUCCAGCUUGGUUGGAAGCCCAAAUAUGGCCGCUUUGAUGUGGUGCCGCUGGUCCUCCAAGCCAACGGCCAAGAGCCGGAACUAUUUGAACUGCCGCCAGAUCUCGUCCUUGAAGUGCCGACGGAGCAUCCCACCUAUGAGUGGUUUACAGACCCGGACCUGAAGUGGUCCACAGUUCCAGCGGUCUCUAAGAUGCUGCCGGAGGCCGGAGGCUUAGAGUUGACUGCCUGCCCGUUCAACGGGUGGUACAUGGGUUCCGAGAUCGGGGUUCGAGACUUCUGCGACACACAACGCUACAGUCUUCUGGAGGCAGUGGGGAGGAGAAUGGGCCUAGAAACGAACAAGCUCUCUUCACUGUGGAAAGACAAGGCUCUGGUAGAGGUGAAUAUUGCCGUGCUGCGUAGCUUUCGGAAACAAAAUGUCACCAUCUUGGACCACCAUUCAGCCGCCGAAUCGUUCAUGAAGUACAUGCAGAACGAAUACCGGCCCCGAGGGGGGUGUCCGGCUGACUGGGUUUGGCUCGUGCCUCCCGUCUCUGGCAGCAUCACUCCCAUCUUGCCUCAGGAGAUGCUGAGUUGCGUCCUCUCUCCUUUCUGCUAUUGCCAGGUGGAUGCCUGGAAAACCCACGUCUGGAAAGACGAGAGACGCAAGCCGAGGGAAAAAGAGAUAAAAUUUCGCGUCUGGGCCAAGGCUGUGCUUUUUGCAUCCUUGCUGAUGCAGAGGGCGAUGGCUCUCAGAACACAAGUCACUGUCCUCUAUGCAAGCGAAACGGGGAAAUCCGAAACCCGGGCCCAGGAUCUGGGAUCUCUCUUCAACUGUGCUUUCAGUAGCAAGGUGGUUUGUAUGGAAGAUUUUGAUCUAAUGGACCUAGAGAAGGAAAGUCUCCUCCUGGUGGUGACCAGCACUUUUGGGAAUGGUGACUCUCCAAGCAAUGGGAAAAAAUUUCAGAAUGCCCUGCUGACAAUGAAAAGCCUGAAUAAGAAAUUCAGAUUCGCCGUCUUCGGCUUGGGUUCGAGCACGUAUCCAGAAUUCUGUGCCUUUGCGCACUUGGUUUACCAGAAGCUCAGUCAACUGGGGGCCUCUCCGGUUGUGCCGAUGGACGAAGGGGAUGAACUCAAUGGGCAGGAAGAGGCAUUCCGGCUCUGGGCAGUGAAUACAUUCAAGAUUGCCUGUGACCUUUUUGACGUCCGUGCAAAGCAGCGGAUCCUCUUACCCAAGGCACACACCUGCAGCGAGACCUGGGACUCCAAGGACUUCAGGGCGGUCUGUGACUCCCAGCCACUGGAUCUGCGAAAAGCUCUUGGCGUCAUGCAUGGGAAACACGUCGUUCCAAUGACGCUCAAGGGCCGGGAGAAUCUGCAGAGCCCCAAGUCCAGCCGUGCUACCCUCUUAAUUAAGCUUUCCUAUGAGGCUAAUUGGGAAGUCCAGUAUCUCCCUGGAGCCCAUCUUGGGAUCUUCCCCGGCAACCAGAAAACUCUCGUGGAUGGUCUCAUCACACGUGUUGUGGACGCUCCUCCGCCGGAUGAGAUCGCCAGGCUGGAAAGGCGUAGUGACCGUAAGUGGCUUCUGGACGUGGAUAACCUGGGAGAAUACAACCAAUGGAAGUUUCACCACAGCCCCACCAUCUUGGAGGUCCCGGAGGAGUUCCCCUCCAUCAAGAUCUCAGCCACUUUCUUGCUGUCUCGGCUGCCUUUGUUGACACCUUGUUACUACUCCAUCAGUUCCUCGCAAGACUGGGCACCUGGAGAACGUCACCUCACCGUGGCCGUGGUCUCCUACAGGACAAGAGAUGGAAAAGGUCCAGUGCACCAUGGCGUCUGCAGCAGCUGGUUGAACACCGUCUGCCUGCAAGAGACGAUUCCGUGUUUUGUGCGCAGUGCGGAUGGAUUCCGGCUUCCCAAGGACCCAAGCAAACCCUGCACCCUGACUGGCCCGGGCACAGGACUCGCUCCCUUCAGAAGCUCCUGGCAGCAACGUCUCUACGGCCUGGAAAAGAAAGGUAACCCAGGCCUCAUCCCUCAUGGUGGCACAGGAUUGCUGCUCUUUGGUGGCCGGCACCCCAGCCUGGACCACCUCUGCAAAGAAGAAAUGCAAGAGAUGGAGAGGAAGGGGGUCCUUCGGGAGGUCUGCACGGCUUACUCCCAGGAGCCAACUCCCUCUCAGGUCUACGGCCAGGACCUCCUUUGGAACGAGCUGGGAGCGGAAAUCCACAGGCUUUUGCAUGAAGAAGACGGUCACUUGUUUGUCUGUGGAGAUGUCUGCAUGGCCGGGGAAGUGGCGAGGACCUUAAAGGAGAUGUUUGCCAGGCAGCUGGACGUGUCGGAAGAGGCAUCCCAGGCCUACUUCUUCCAGCUUAAGCAACAGAAGCGAUACCACGAGGACACCUUUGGGGCUGUAUUUCCACAUGAGAACCAAAGAGACUCAGAAGAACUGAAGACGGACACAGAACCUUCCAGCCUGGGACCGCAACCCCAUCUCAGCUUUUCACCAUCCUUUUGCCUCCGUGCUCUUCUCUUCCACCCAAGGGGAGGGUCAAGUUUUGCUGUCCCUCCGCAAGAAAACCGGCAUUGCCUUCACAGAUGGGAUGUGCAGGAUUUGGGCUCCCAGCUCUUAGCUUUUUUUAAACACUACAUUUUAUUUAAUUCUAUUUAUUCUUCAAUUUUUCUUUUAGUAUAUGUCACCAUCUUAAUUAUUAUUUUAAAAACUCUGUUAUUGGGCAAAGGUUGUGAUCAGACUUUCACCUGCAUUUAAAUGCUUAGAAAAGAAACUAAUUGUAAUCUAGAUUGGGUUUUUUAAAUCAGUAUCAGAAGAGGGGCUUUCAAAAGAUAUGUUUGCUAUGUAUAGAUCUAUAUUUAUUUGAUUGAGUGAUUGAUUGAUUGAUUAAGUGCCGUCAAGUCAGUGUUGACUCUUAGGGACCACAUAGAUAGAUUCUCUCCAGGAAGAUCUGUGACAUAUUUAUACUGAAUUUUUAUUCAAUGACCUCAGGCCAGUCAGUUCUAGCCUAGCCUACCUCACAGGGUUGUUGUGAGGAUGAACUCCAUGCUGCUCUGAACUCCUUUUGAGAAGGAAGGGUGGAAUCAGGAUUUAACACAUUAUGACAUAGAUACUUCUAUUUAACAUUACCUUAAGGGCCCUGAAGCCUCCCGAUUUCUGUGGGUUUAUGACUGCUUAACUCUGUCUUUAUUAUACGGCUGAGACGAAAUCCCUACCCUCAAUUCACAGGGAGCAAA